AUGGUUGGCGGCAGCGGAACAGAUAAUAUUGGGCCUUAUUCUAUUCAGGGUACCUAUGAUAAGUCAUCAAAAGUUAUUACCUUUACCAAGCAGUACAUCGGAGUCAAUGCCAACACGGCCUGGCGCUACAAAGGCGUAUAUAAUGACGAACUGUUCUCUGGAACGUGGGACACUGAUGCCGCGCCAAAUAUGGGCAAUUUCUUGAUUAAGCGGGUUGCUACUAUUGAAAGGCAAUCGGAUGAGGGAAGUUGGCAAGGAUAUUACUUCGAUGUCAAUAACAAAGGCGUCCAGAUGCUAAUCUACCUGACGGUAUGGAUAGAUAUGCAUGGCGUCGAAGUUGUCAAUGGCUCUGGUACGGAUGCAGUUGGUUCGUUUACCCUUGAUGGACACAUCCAGCGUGACAAUUCGGGCAACGAUUUUACUCAGCCCAUCAUACCUAUUGCUACCAGUUCUCCCGAUCCCAUAUACUGGGAACUUGCGUCUAUCGGGGAUAUUGCCUUCUAG